AUGCCUGUUGGAUGCGAGAAGCUUGAGCUGUAUGGCUAUGAGAAGGACAGUGUGGAAGAGAUUCAGGUGGAGUAUUCGGACGCUGUGAAAGAUCUUCCGGUGUUUGCGAGGAACAUUGGUGAAUUCUACGAGUUAUUCGCAAAGGGUGGGACAGUUGACCAAGGGAUUAUCGACUUCGAACAGGCAGUCAAGAUGCAUAAGGUCAUUGACAAGAUGGAAAAGAGCUUUGAGAAUAAGCAGUUUUCAAGGCUCUCUUAG